AUGGCAAACAGCUCUGACGUGUAUGGAGGCCCGCUCGAAGAUGGCACCUCAAUCUUCACGCAUCUUGCUGAAGGUCUCGCCAAAAACGCUGAUGGAUUGGCUGUGAUCACUGUGCACCAAUCAGCCGACCAUCUUUCUGAGCUCACCACCUGCAAAACGAGUCUGGACCCCAGUGGCACGGGGGCAGGCGAUGCAUCUACUCGCAACUGCCUGGCAUGGACUUACAAUCAGCUACAUGCGGCUGCCGUCAAGCUGGCAAUUGGCCUGCAACAACGGGGCAUCCAACCAGGCAUGCGGAUCGCGACAUUCAUACCGAACCGCGUGGAAUACCCGCUACUAUUGUGGAUGUCUACACUGCUCCGCGUAACGCUCUGCUCUCUCGAUCCUGGUGCAACUCAACCUCCUCGUGAAGCUGAACUGGAGUCAUUCCUGACUAGAUUGAAACCCGAUGCCGUCGUAGUGCUGGAUUCGUCUGCUGGCAUGCAAGUUAAUUCUGUUCUUUCGAGACUAAGUCUACCGGCCCCAAAAGUCAAGAUUGUUCUCGAUGGCGGACCUCGCGAGAAUUGGACUACCAUUAUCGACCUUGCGAGAUCUGUCAAGACGAAUGAAAGCGAGUCGGAAGCACUCGUUGAAUCUGCUCUGCAUGAUGAUCCGAACAGGACAAGCUUCAUACUCUUUACUUCAGGCACCUCUUCCGGCCGGCCAAAAGGCUGCGUCCGCCGCGUGGCUGGCACAACUAAUUCACUCCAUAUUCUGCGAUGGGGCGACGAGUUCCAUGCUAAAUCGCGAGUGGUGGUUUCGACUGCCAAUUUUCGCGUCAUCUGUCCGACACUACAUCUUUCUGCCUGGAAAGCCGGUGCUUGCGCAGUCAUGCCCGAUCCCACGAAGGGCGUUCAAGGAACGAUGCAGGCGAUCCGUGAGCAUGAGAUCACAUUCUUACUCUUCAUCCCAGCUCUCUUACAUGCUUUUGUCGCAGAGCUGCAAACAACAGGGAAGUCUCUGGACUCAAGUAGUAUUAAAGCGGUCGUAUUAGGAGGAGACGUGGUGACACGCGACCUUAUGUUCAAAGCAGAGAAGACUUUCCCGCAAGCCAAUAUUUUCGCCACGCAUGGUAUGACAGAAGGAGACAGUCUAUUCGAGUGGCCUUUCUUGAAUAGUACCAAUGGUGUGGAAAGCAUUCCCUACUUCAAGGAUAUUUGCCCGCUGGGUAAAGUGGCAAAAGGCGCUCAUCUCCGCAUUCGUGAUACGGGCACUGGGAAAAUUACUCGCAGAGGCGAGCCUGGAGAAUUGGUUGCGCACUGUAAGAGUAUCAUCAAGCACUAUCUCGACCACACAAACGAAGAAGCCUUUCUGCAAGACGAAGAAGACGGUAAACAGUGGUUCCGGACAGGCGAUUUGGCUGUCAUCAACGAGGACGGGCUGAUCUAUAUUCUUGGCCGCAUUAAAGAUAUAAUCAUGCGAGCUGCUAUACCGAUCACGCCUGCAGCACUUGAAAACUGCAUUGCAGUUUUCACGGGCUCCUCGGCGGCGGUCCUGGCGUGGCCGCACGCCACUCUUGGACAAGUCCCGUUCGCUGUCGUUGAGGACUUGCAUGGCAAGACAGCAGAAGACGUUAAGAGCCAGGUAUUGACGAUGUUCGGGAAAGACUACGCAUUGGAAGGGGUGGUGACUUUACGACAAUUAGGCUUAAAUUCGUGGCCAUUGAACGCUACAGGAAAACUUAUGAAGCUGGAGUUGAUGCCAAAGGUGGAGGAGUAUUUGAACACAACAUCUCUGACCCCGACGAGAUGAGGAUAUAGGGAAAAGCGCAAAGAGAACAAAGUUGAGAAAUGGAAAUCAUUCAUUGAAAUUCCUCCUCACAUCUCCCCAUUCAUCGACGACCAUAAACAUCAACAACCGAAACGCUACGAUGUGUCUUUCCGACAGAAGACGACUGCCGC